AUGGCAGCCGCAGCACUGAGGGCGCAGCUCAACGCCCAUAUCGCCGGCAUGUACACCGAUGUGAGGCCCUUCCCCUCCCCUCUAGUCGUAUGGUUAUGGAUUUUGGCUGCCGCUGAGGUCGCCCGCUUCUUCAUCAACAAUGCCUACCAGAUCCUCGACGACAUCCGCGCCCUGAUGUCAGUUCCUCGCCCAUGCCCUCCCUCUGCUCUCGAUCUCAACGAGCAGCCCGCAGUGCACUUCGAUGAGGUGGAAGCCCUGGUGCAGCAGCUCAUGGAGUGCACUGUCAGUGUCGGUGCACAGCAAGUGAACCUCGCCUGCAGGCACUUCCACCAUUUCAAUGCCAGAAAAUGCGAACAUGGGACGGUCCCUCAGCAUGCGUCCCUCAAGCUGAAGUGA